CUACUUUGAAUACAGUAAGUUGUACCUGUUAAAUGUAGUAAUUAAAUGUUUUUGUAUUUGAUAUUUAACUCGAAUGAAGCGUCUGAAUAUAAGUGUGUCAGAGGUAUUUGACCAUCCUCCAGCAUCUGUCUGAUUAUUUCCCUUGUGUGGUGCUGCUGGUUGAAAUGUGAGGAGCGUCACGGAGUGCCCACCCUCCUCCUCCUCCUCCUCCUCCUCUCGGUCUCUCCCCCAGACUGAAGUCCCACUGAGCGGCUCUCAAACUUCAGUGUCGAGGCUGAAAGCGGAGGACGAGGAGCAGCAGAGAGCCGACAGACAGUCAGAGAGUCAAACAGAGAGAGUCGCAGCUAAACAACAGCUCUUUUGGACCCGCAACAAACAGCGCUUUGAUAUCUGCUCUUCAUCAACGGCUAUUUAACGGCUAUCAACGGUUAUUAACGGUCGGUUUGAGGAUUCAGCUCUCUGUUGGUUGAUUUUUGAUGAUUUUUCCUCCAUUGUUUUGUCGAAGUUUCCGACUGUCACGUCUUAAAUACGGACCUUUAUCUCGACUCUGUGGGAUUAAUCGUUUUAAUUAAUAAUUGAACACUUAGCUACUUCUUUCUGUGGAGUGUUUGUCUUCUAACGGAGCAGUAACGGUUAAAGGCAACAGUAGAGGACCUGCCUCCGCCAUGGGGGAAUAGCGGGGGAUCUCUCUGUAUGCGUGUUUUUAGACUUUUUUCAUGAUCAUUUUUAGAAGACAGAGCUCAGUUUGUGAUUAAAACAAUGAGCAUGGACGGUGUCCCGCUGAAGGUGGUGAUCUUUCUGUGGUGUCUGCUGGUGAUCUCUGGCUCCAGCUUCGAGAUUGGCUCCUACGACCUGGAGCGAGGCAGACCGGCCAAGUGUGAGCCCAUAGUGAUCCCCAUGUGCGAGGGGAUCGGCUACAACCUGACCCGGAUGCCCAACUUCAUGCACCAUGAUGACCAGAAGGAGGCUGCCAUCAAGCUGAACGAGUUUGCCCCACUGGUGGCAUACGGAUGUGACGUGCACCUCCGCUUCUUCCUGUGCUCCCUCUACGCGCCCAUGUGCACGGACAAGGUGUCCACGUCCAUCCCCGCCUGCAGACCCAUGUGCGAGCAGGCCCGGGAGCGGUGCGCCCCCAUCAUGAAGAAGUUCAGCUACACCUGGCCCGACUCGCUCGACUGCUCCAAGCUGCCCACCAGGAACGACCCCAACGCCCUGUGCAUGGAGGCGCCCGAGAACGAGACCAGAACGGAGGGCAAGAAGGGCGAAGGCAUGCUCCCGGUGCCCCCGCGCCCCAGGCAGCCGGGCUCCAGCGGCGCCCGCUCCCCGGGCAGCGUGGGGUCCUGCGAGAACCCGGAUAAGUUCCAGUUCGUGGAGAAGAGCCAGUCGUGCGCCCCGCGCUGCUCCGCCGCCGUGGACGUCUUCUGGUCCCGGCAGGACAAGGACUUCGCCUUCAUUUGGAUGACGGUGUGGUCCAUCCUCUGCUUCGUCUCCACCGCGUUCACCGUCCUCACCUUCCUCCUGGAGCCCCACCGCUUCCAGUACCCAGAGCGCCCCAUCAUCUUCCUCUCCAUGUGCUACAACGUCUACUCCGUGGCCUUCAUCAUCCGCUCUGUGGCCGGGGCUGAGAACAUCGCCUGCGACCGGGAGCACGGAGAGCUCUAUAUCAUCCAGGAAGGGCUGGAGUCGACAGGUUGCACCAUCGUCUUCCUCAUCCUCUACUACUUCGGCAUGGCCUCCUCCAUCUGGUGGGUCAUCCUCACCCUCACCUGGUUCCUGGCGGCGGGGAAGAAGUGGGGCCACGAGGCCAUCGAAGCCCACAGCAACUACUUCCACAUGGCUGCGUGGGGCAUCCCCGCUCUGAAGACCAUCAUCAUCCUCACCAUGAGGAAGGUGGCCGGGGAUGAGCUGACCGGGCUGUGCUACGUGGGGAGCAUGGAUGCUGGGGCGCUCACCGGCUUCGUCCUCAUCCCCCUGUCCUGCUACCUGAUCAUCGGCACCUCCUUCAUCCUCACGGGCUUCGUGGCCCUCUUCCACAUCCGCAAGGUGAUGAAGACGGAGGGCACCAACACGGAGAAGCUGGAGAAGCUCAUGGUGAAGAUCGGCAUCUACUCCAUUCUCUACACGGUGCCGGCCACCUGCGUCAUCGUCUGCUACUUCUACGAGAGGCUCAACAUGGACUACUGGAAGCUGAGGGGCCUGCAGAUGAAGUGCGGCUCGUUCAACGGGCUCAGCGGCGACUGCUCGCUGCAGACGUCGGUGCCCACGGUGGCCGUGUUCAUGCUGAAGAUCUUCAUGUCGCUGGUGGUCGGCAUCACCAGCGGCGUGUGGGUGUGGAGCUCCAAGACCCUGCAGACCUGGCAGGGCCUGUGCAGCCGCAAGCUGACAGACAGGACUAGAAGCAGGAAGCCGUGCAGCGGCGUCAGCUGCGGCAGCACGCACUGCCACUACAAAUCUCCUGCUGUGGUUCUGCACAUGGCCAAGACUGACCUGCACUCAGACAACCCUACACACGUCUGAGAGGGACACACACACAUACACACACACACACACACACACACACACACACACACACACACACACACAUAUGCCCUGAAUAAGGAGCUGCUAAAGACGUUGUAAGAAGAUGAGUGGUUGAAUUGAACUGUGCUGCUCUGCUGCUGCCACACAGGUACAGGCGUCACUAUGAGAAACUAUCUAUAAAACAGUAUUCAAUGCAUAAAGGGAAAUGUUCAGUAUUGUUACCCAUAUUUUGUUCUGUGCAGUAGACAUGCCCAGUGUUUCAAAGCAAAAAUAAUAAUGAAAAAAAAGACUGUUACGUUAAUGGAGGUAUCUUGGGAAAUAUCCUCCUCCUUGAAAGUGGCAUGUAUAAAUCUGUAUAAAUGUUUUAUUUAUUGUAAAUAUAUUUAAUUUAAUCAGAUUUGUUGUUUAGAUGCGUUUAUUAAAAGGUAAAGGGAAAUGAAGUGCCUUUUAUAAGAACUCUGGCCUUUUUGGAGGACAAUAAAUUUGUGGAUGUUUCCUCGC